UCUCCAAACAGCGCCUACCAGAUGUUCUUUGGCGCAUCUAAGAAUUACUAUAUUCUAGAAAAAAAAGAUAUCCAAUUUCUCAUUAUACAGCUUGCAUUGACCGAUAUUAUUUUAUAACUCAAUACAGAAACGAUGCGCGAUCGGCCGGCGGCGGCGAACAGAGUGACGAAGCGGUCGCGGAAUGGACCCCGUCGAGCCAACGCGAAAACGAAAUCUGUCGCGUCAACGUCCGCGAAGCGAUUCCGAAAUGAUAAGAGCGAACCGGAUAUCACCAUGUCCCCAGACAGCAGCAUUGUGUCAGGAAUAGACGACGAGACCAAUACCCUGGCCCAGCCUGACGCGUCCAAGCCACCACGGCGGCGGCGGAGAGUGUCAAGAGAUCGCAAUAAUACGAAUAGCUCUUCGGCUCAGGUAGAUGAACACACCUCAGCGCCUAAUUCUGGAGGCAACGACGGCAGAAGAGGCUCAAAAAAUCAAGACUCAGAUGAAGAUGAUACCCAGCGGCAACUUUCCGAACUACAGCAGAAAUACUCAAAACUGGAAAAGAGGUUCCAUGAUCUUCACGAGCUGGCUGUAAAGAAAGCAGAGCGGAAUUUCGAGCUCCUAAAGACCCAGACCAAUGAAAACACGAGAGUGGCCGAUGAAUUGAUAGCACAGCUCAAGGAAGAGAUAGCUGAGCAGUCCAAGCAAAUCCAGCAAGCGGAGCAGUUACAGUCACAGCUAAGCGCCAGCAAGGCUGAGGUGGAUGCUUUGUGUACCCAGUUGUCAGAGACUGAUCAGUCUCUAGCCCAAGCAAAAUCCGAGAUGAAGACUCUUUACUCAAAACUGGCAGCGAGUAGACAUGUCGAACCGAACAGUAAAGGGCCUGCAGCUGGAAAUCGGACGGCUCUGGGGGAGAAUAAUCUAGCUGCACAAAUCAAGGAGGAGCUGUAUGCUGAUUUGACAGGCCUUCUCGUCAGGGAUGUGCGUCGCGUUGAUAAAGACGACGUUUUCGACUGCAUACAAACUGGACGGAACGGGACUCUCCAUUUCAAACUUGCCCUGGAAGAUCUAGAGGCCGCCGACAGUUACGAAGAUGCACAAUUUGCAUAUCGACCGCAGCUGGACGAGUCUCGCGACGGGGACUUGAUAGACGUACUCCCAGACUACCUAACAGAAGAGAUCACAUUCCCUCGACAUCAAGCGUCUAAGUUUUAUGCUAGAGUAAUAAAAUCAUUAAUGGAGCGUGUAGAUUAAGGCUGUAUAGCAGAAGUAGAAAUAGAAACAAAUGUAUAAUGACAUUCAAUAUUC